AUGGGGGCUAUCGUAAUACCUGACGGAUAUCUCGAGCCUCCCUUUGAGUAUGAGGGCCCCGCUGAUGGGAUCGAUCCCUUGUUCGACUUUUCAUGUUUGCCAACCUCGGAUCCUGCUCCCCGUAUUGGCUCUUCUAUCGCUACUAUUAAGCAAAUUUUGCGAGAUGAGGCAAAAGACAUGACAGUGAGCAAGCUGGUUCGAUUCAGCAACGUAUCUCUGUUUCUGGAUAACAAGACGAUGCUGCCUAAGUCAUCUCGCAUAUUCUACAACAAAAAUUCUCGAGAGCUGGGCAUUCUCGCUACGGUAGAAGCUAUCAUUGCCGUGAGAUAUGGGUUGGUGUUCCCCCUGGACUGGUUCGGAAGCACCCGAGUCCAUGGCACGUAUUGCGCCAAAGAGCCCGAUGAGUCCUUCUCCCCUGGGGGUUUUCCGGCUAAUCGCACUGAUAAGUGGCCUGAUGUAGUAGUGGAAGUUGGUGUGUCCGAGGGAUUGAACUGCCUGAUGAAUGAUGCGAGAUGGUGGCUUGCAAACUAUCAAGGCCAGACCCAACUUGUGAUCGUUAUCUCUAUCGUAAAGGAUCAACCGAAUAUCACUUAUCGAUGUUUCAACCUGGUUCAACCACUUAUGGGCCUUCGUCAUGGACGCCGCCGCUAUGCCUCAAUCACACGACAAGGGAUGACUCAGACGAAGGGGGCGGAUGGUUCGGUCCAUACUAAUGGCGGUCCUAUACUGAUCAAGUAUCAGGAACUAUUCUUGCAUCCGCCUGGGCCUAAUGAUCAUGAUCUGGCAUUCCCAGUAUUGGCGAUGGACAAGAUAGCCACUAAACUUUGGAAGAGCAUGGGAGUGUAG